UGAAGUGAUGAACGUUUUUGGGCCACCGUUACCCAGCUGGAUCAAUUUUUGGGCCCUAUUCGUGCACACGUCAUCUUCUUCUCCCAUCUCUCAGUCUCCCCUCUCUCUCCUCUUCUUUCUCCUCGCGGAGCAGACAAUAACGCCGGGCAGGACCUUCUCCGCCGCAUGGCCUUCUCCGGCCAGGGUGGCCCCGACGAUCUCCGCCAGCUUCUGGCACUGCCUCACACCCAAAUUUUCAGCCUUUUACCACCCAACACUAAAACCCUAAUUCUGCAGCUCAAGAUCGCCCAAUCGGCGAAACUCCCCCCGCGAACUCGAUCUCAUCCGCAAUCAGCUCCCCCGCGGAAGCUCCGUCUCGCCAUGCUGCUUCUGGCCCUUUCACCGGAACAGGAGCUCGAGGACCUCGAGAUAUUCCAGAAGAACAUCUCCAACCCCUUCCCCGACCUCCUCUCCUCCUCCUCCUCCUCCGAGCCCUUCCUCUCCACCGGGUGGGUCUGCAAGUUACUCGAUGUUUACCUCUGCUGCGAGGCCGAGUUCAAAGUUGAACUCAUCAUGGGCCACGACCCCUCCCUCGUCUCCAAGCCCCCGCUCGAUCGACUCCUCCCUGCUGCUCAGAACAAUGGCGGGAAUGGAGAAGAAGAGGAGGAGAAAGAUAGAGAGAGAUUCCUUAGUGGGACCCAAAAGAUAUUCUCUUGUGCGCGGAUAGCGCCCACAAAAGGGUCCAUCUGUGCAACCGUGGGCUAAAAUAGUCAACUUUCUGUUCAAAAAUCGAUGGAAAAUUGAAUCGUUCUACAUCUAUACUAUAAAAAAAUUUCAAAAUAUCGUGUAUGAUGAAACUAACAUGAUACAUGUUAUGCAGUAAAAAAUUUUAA